UUUGGAGAAAACAGUUAGAGUUAUAUUAACAUUCAAAAAACAAUAUAAACUUUAGUUUCCAGAUCGAUUUGGUUUAUGAAGAACCGUAGGCUUUGGUGUUGUCUAUAAUGUUGGCACAGGAGAUAGCUCCGACGGAAAUUGGAAAGUACGCAAACAUUAUCGGAGCUGCCCAGGAGGAUCUGGCAAAUAUGGAUGUUCUCGUAUGUGGACGGUGCCUGAAGGCCUACAACUUUGUCGAGGAGUUUCAGUCGCACAAGGAAGAUGCCUGCGAGAAGGAGAAUGCAAACCUUAAGGACUCGCUGGACACCAAGCCUUCAAUCUGGGCAUUUUCGCUGUGGAAGGCCACACAGUUGCAUGCGCGCAAGGAAUCGAGUGCUAGCAAUUCAUGGGCCAUGUACCAGCAUUGGGUGAGGCUCGAGGAGAGCGUGAGGGAGCCAUGGAUUGUGGCUGGCAAGACAAUACAGUCUUUUGGCAAGAUUGCACAUGGACAGCUGCAGGAUAUGCCAGUGCGCAUCACCAAAACGGUUGUGAAUCCCAACAACAAUAAUAACACUUCGAACAGCAAUAACAACGCAAGCGCAUCCCCAACCAGAAAAUCGACUGCUAAUAAGCUGCCAGCCUUGUCCAACCAACUGAAAGACAUUGAGAACGAACGGCCCGUAUCCAAGCCAGGAACCCCAACGCUGCCACCAACAACAACAUCCACUGCCUCGAGUGGUGGUGCUGUCAAACCGAACAAUCGAAUAGCCACCCGUUGUGAUUCCAAGACCGAACAGCGUACUGAAGAGGCUGUGGAAAAGAUUGUCGCUAAACGCUUCAAUCCGAGACGCAAGACACACGAGUAUUUGGUUAAAUGGGUGGAUCGUUCGCACAAUGGCAACACCUGGGAGGUGAUGGCCAAUCUCGAGAGUGUGCCCUUUUUCCUACAAAUGUUUGAGAAGCAGCUGGCGCGUCAGAAACUGACCAGAGAGAAGGGACUGGAUGCCUUGAAGCGUCUGCAGCAUCCAGUGCCCUCAUCGAAAACCGAUUCUCCAGCUCCACUCAGUCCAGCCACGCCUCAAGCACAAGUAUCGCCGAGCUCUCGGCCAUCGCGCACUUCGAAAACCAAAGCCAUGGAUGCGUUCAAGCAAUGGGUAACCGAUACUGCUGUUGGCGACGGUUCUUCAUCGCCCUCCUCGGGCAACGACGAUGAAUCCGCCAACGAGCAGGAAUGGGCCGCCGCCACGUCGGGUCCCACCAAACGCAAGCUCAAUCAAACUGAUUCCAGUAUUGAGGAGACCGCAGCGAAUGACUCGGUGGAACUGGAGGAUCUCGAGGAGGAUCUGCCCACACACACUGUGAAGCGUUUAAAAAACGGCGGUAGCUCCGUGCAGCAAAGCAAGUCGCGUGUCCAUUCGGCUGAUAGACAGGCUGCGUCCAGAAUUAAUGGAAACUCUGCUGCCUCCGGAGCGGACAGUAUCAAAAUGGGAGAGAUCAUCUACACGGACGACACCACCAGCUCUGGAAUGUUUCGUAAACCGGAAAUGCCAAACACCCUGCUUUUGAAAAAUAAUAAAGUCGAGUGUCCUGUACGCUAUCUGUCCCGCUCGGAGAUAGCCAGCAAUAAUACAGGGGUCUUCCGCGUUGAGCACUCGGAGCCGACAGCCCCCGUCACAGCAGUGGCAGCCGCCGUUGCCGCUCAAAAGACCAGCACCAGUAGCGCCUCAGCCACGACAGUGGGAGGAGGGGGCAUAGCCAAACGUUUGAGCGUAGCCCGCCCUUCACACUCCAAUUCCAGUUCGCCUGUGACUGUAAGCCAGCGUCAGCAGGUGAUACGUCCCCCUGGUCAGGGCGGUCCGAUAUCAUCGUCGGUGCAACGUCGUCCUUUGGCAGGCACGCCGCAGGCUCGCGCACAGCAGCCACCGACGAGGGCACAUCCUGGCGGCCGGCCCCUGGCACGCGCUGGUCCCGGUACGCCCCAGCAACGGCAUCAAGCGUCGCCAGGAGCCGGCACCAAAGUGGUGACGCCAGAGCAGAAGAUCCUGCAGCUGUCCAAGUCUGGGGACUUGAAGGUAACUCGCAAGGUGGUGACCAGGGAGGAAAUAUUAGCCCAACGCCAGGCCCAGGCUCGCCAGCAACGCCAGCAGCAAUCCCAAUCUCAGCUACAAAAGGUGCUGGCACCAGGGCAAAGGCAAAGAAUAGCGCCCAAGCCAACGCCACAGCCCACACCGCUCCAGUUGGAGCUGGAGGAGGAUCUGCACCAGCAACAGGUCCAGCUGUGCCCAAUCACUGGCAAGCUGAUUGGGGGGGAAGAGUCGCAGCUGCAGGUCGAGCAUGAGCAAAUGCAGGAGGAACAGCGCGAACAGCUGGAGGCAGCGCAUGCGCUUUUGGGCAGCGAUCAGCAGGUGCUGACCAACGAAGACGGCUCUGCUCUUCUGGUAAGAGGUGAAGAUGGCACCGUCUACCAGGUGGCUGGCAAGAAUGCCGAGGGCCAGACCAUACUGGUUACCCAGGGACCGGAUGGCGAGCAACAGUUCGCGUAUGUGGCCGCCGCUGAAGGCGACGAUCAGGAUGUCCUUUCGCUAGACCAUGCCGUGGCUGAGGCUGUCCAAGCUGGGGAACAAUCCGCUGCAGCAGCAACAUCCGAUGGCGAGCAAAUUCUCGUCUCCAUGACCGAGGAGGAGCUGGCCCAGCAUCAGGCAGCCGCACUGCAGCAGGAGAGUUCUGGCACCGGCACGGGAACACCGGUCACUGCACAAAUUCACAUCACGACCUCUGACAGCGAUGGCACCGAGUCCCAAAUCCCGGCCGAGGUGGUGCGAGCGGAUCUGCCCUCACCAGGGGGCACUCGUCGCGUCGUUUUGAUGAUACAGGAUGGCACUUUUAUGAUGACUGAGAUGAACGAGGAGCAAUUCAAGACCCUCAACAUCCCGACGUAAAAACAUGUUAAUAGUCUCUUAACCUAGCACUAGGCGUAGCCCCUAAGCCAGAUAUACAUACUACAUAUAUAUAUAGAAUGAGAGCACUGGCCGCCAUUAAACCUGCGCGGCUUCGUUUAGGAUAGGACAUUCCCGAGAAUACAUUUUGGGGACAUCCAUUUCCAUCUGACUAAAGUACACUUUGGUUUUUCCCUUAUUCUUAUAUAUAUAUAUAAUUUUUUUUUUUUUUUGCAAGUUUUUUUCGUCUUCACUAAUCUGAUUGUUUUCCCGACAGUUUUUAGUGGAGUGGAGGAGAAACCAUUUGGGGAUUAGCCAAAAGAAUAAUUAA